CGUAUCCGAUUGGUUGACGAUGUGUUGACGCUGACGAGUGCAUUGGAGGAUGUCACAGUGCUGGAGUUGGAUCCAAUGUUGAUAUUUCCGGGAUGGGAAGGAUAUACGACGAUUGCUCAACUACAACUAGACUCGUAUAAUGCACAUAUUAGGGCACUUUUGGACAACUAUGGAAUCCAAGACGAAGGUCAAUUGAUCUCGGGUUGUAUCAGUGUGAUUCGUAAUCGAAUAAGUGACCGUGAUGUGGACGAUAUGUCAUUUUAUAACACGAAUCAUGUGAUUGAAAAGAAAGUGGCGUCAGUCUUUCGAAUGUAA